AUGGACGUGAAUAUGGAAGAGGAUGACCCUGUAGUAUCUGUGCUGCCUAUACAUCUCACGAACACUCUUCUUCCCAAUGUUCAAAUUCACCAAUUUCCCCUGCUCAACCGCAAACUUGUUGUACCACCUGCAGCUGAACGCAGCGGCAAACUCAUCAAGGCGCGCUUGAAACCUCAGUCAAAGCGGCUCGAAAUACACGUACCCGUUGAUACGCGAAAAGACGUGUGGAAUGACGAGCGGGCGAAGGAGCUCGGUGCUGGGAGAGCGGUGGAUGACAAGGAGAAGAACCAGGAGACGGGCGCGAUGAAGUUGAAGGAAGGCGAGGAGCCGCGCUUGUCUGAGACGCGGUUGAGGAGCGAGCAGAUACCGCAGGCUGGGGCGUAUAUGCUUGGCUUUGUGCGUGAAGGCCGCCUGCAUCUACACCCCGUCAGCGAAACGCAUCAACUUCGCCCAACAAUGACAUACCUCGAUGUCCUCUCUCGAAAGUCCAAACGCUCACGAGGAGACGACUCGGAUUCGGAUGACGGCCCUCCACCAGAUCCUGAUGAGCCUGCACCUGCACCCGUAGCGAAGAAGGAGAAGAAGCCGACGGGCGAUGCUAAGGACAUUCAGGUGUCAGCGCGAAAGACCGAGGAUAAGGGUGGGCAGACCAUGCAAGGCGGACUAUCGACCGUAAGGCGGGAGAUGCUGCAGGCAAUACAUGCCGAAGAGGAUGAGACGUGGAUCAACUAUGAGUUCAGAGGAGAUUCGACUGAAGAGUCUAAUGAGGCCUUUGACGCACUACUUUCCCGUCAUGAAGAGCCUCUGCGCUGCAAAUCAGACAUUACAGCGUUUUUGAAGGUCGCCACAUGA